ACCCUUCUGGCACAGUUGUGGGCUCACUGAACUGUUCAGUUUUCAAAAGCCCAAAAUGAAAACCCUGUUCUCCAUCAUCGUCAUCUUCUCCUUCCCGCGCAGUCAAAUUGCUUCUUCCCGCUCAGCACAGCCACUUCCCCCUAAUCUUCUUCAAUUUUAAUUUCUAAUUCGAUCGCAAAAAUCACAGUAAGAAGUGGUCGCGUCACCGGAGCCAUGGUCAAUUGCGACCACCACCACCACUACUCCUCCUCUUUCAGCAAAGCCAUCUGCUCAAUCUGUCACAAAGACCUCGACCCCUUCGCCGACGACCUCCAAGCCAUCUUCAUCUGCGGCCACGUCUUCCACGAGUUCUGCCUGCAAGAGUCGUUCGGAUUCUUCGAGAGCGUCAAGAGGUACACCUGUCCGGUGUGCAAGCAGCGAUGCAGCCCAAGCGACGUUGCUCGCCUCUAUUUCGAAUCGGUCGGCGUCUCGCGGAAGGCGCCUCCGAGCUUGACUCCGUCGCCGCCGAUUGGGGAAGAUGCCGAGGCAUUGCGUCAGGAGGUGAAAGAGCUUAAGGAGGAGCUUUAUUUAUGCAAGGAGCAAGCAAAGAAAGAAGUGGUUAAUUUAAAGAAUGAAGCUCUGAAACAACAAGCAUCUAUACGACAGAUGCUUCAUAUGAAAACUGAGGUGCUUGAUAAAUUGACGUUGGAGUGCUUGAGGCAGCAAGAAAGGAAUAGGGGACUGACUAAAGAGCUUGCAGCUUUCAAAUUGGCAUCUGAUCUAGAUCUUGACGAAAAGGAGGUUCCGAACCUCGCUGCACUUGGUAAUGGGGGGAGCAAUGAAGAUACAAUAGCUAUUUUAAGAAAGUCAUUGGUUUUGAGUAAUAGGAAUCACAAAGAACUGAUGGCCCAGUGCAAUCUUCUUGAACGAGCAGAGGCUCGUCACCAUAAAAAACUAGAGAAGGCUAAAGGAAAGAUAAAUAGAUUAAAUACAAAGGUACAGAAAUUGACAGACCAGUGCAGUCUUCUUAAACGAGAUGAGGCUCAUUAUAGUAGAAAGCUAGAGAAGGCUAAAGGAAAGAUAAACAAAUUGAAGACAAAGAUACAGGAACUGAAGGACCAAUGCAAUCUUCUUGAACUAGAUGAGGCUCGUUACAAUAGAAAGCUAGAGAAGGCUAAAGGGAAGAUAAAUAAAUUGAAGGCAAGGGUACAAGAAACUGAUGGUGCUGUUGAAGUGAAGAAAGAAACUUCAGUCCUUGGAGCAAGUGAUCUUUUUGAGAGUGUUGUUCCUGUCAGUGGUUCCUGUGAUGAUGCUGCCAUAGCUCCUGCUGAUAAUAUUGCAGAUGUUCCGAUCCUUGACGAUGUUAAACAAGUCCAGUCCACGGUUAACAUUACAAAGGAAUCUCCAGUCAUUCAGCCACUUGCCAGACCAGAUGCUACUAUUCUUGAAGAUCUCAAACAAGUUCAACCCAUGCUUAACAGUAGCAAGGAAUCUCUGAUUACACAACCGCUUCCCCAACCAGUGAGUGCAUAUUUCUGUGGUGGUUUGAUCGGUCCUGAUGGAACAAAGAGGUUUCUAGGUAAAUGGUGCAAACGGAGGGAGGACAAUCGAUUGGUAACAACCAAAGAUUCAAGUAUAGAUGCCAGCUGUUCGAUAGUUGUAGUAUCUGAUGAAGAGGAUAUUACUGAGAAUUUACCGCGGAUAAAGAGGUUCAAAUAUGAGGAUAGUUCAAAAAUUGUACAGUCCCAAGGGUGCUUGCAAUACAACACUUCUUUGGAAGGCUUCGUAACUAAUCAAGGGUUUAGAGGUGCACCUUCUAUAGAUCUGCAGGACUGAAAUCAUUGGUUUUGAUAAUGUUUAUAUCAGAGGUACUAGCUUAUGAAUUUGUAUACUAGCAUAGAAUUCCCAGAAACUUGGAACA